AUGUACACUAGUCAACCCACCAUAUCAUCCAUUCCUAGUGCAUCACGUCAUCAACCGGUAUUACGUGAAUUUCUUUCCAAAAACAGAGAGGAGUAUGAUGAGCUUAUUGAGUUAGAGAAAAAGUUGAUUAGUGGCGGUAAUUGUGGCAAUGAAUACGAAGAUGAAACUGAAGGGGAAGAACAAGAACAAGAUGAUGGGGAGGACGAGGAGGAUGGUGAUGAUCCAAAUGAUGGGGAGGAUGGUGGUGAUACAAAUGAUGGGGAGGAUGAUGAUGACAGUAAUACUAAUGUCGGGGGGAAUGUCAUUGAGGAUGAUGAGGGUAAUGGAGGGGAACAAGGAGAACAAAGUCAUGAAGAGAUGGGUAAAGAUGAAGAAAGGAGUGAGAAAAAAAGUGGUGGAUCUAAAUCCAAGAGGAAGGAAAAACAACCAGAGAUGAUUGCGGAAGAGCUCAUUGAAGAUGAUGACUUCUUACCUAUAUCUUUUUCAAGGACAUCAGUAAGGGACAUCAAAGAUAGGACCCCAUCCAGUAAACGGGUCAUUAGAGAUAGGAAACAUGUACCCGCACGUGCAAGACGUUCACCUUAUACACAGUUGCGAGGCCGAGGCCGUCAUGAGAAGAAGAAGGAGAUAACUAAUGUUUCUCAAUUGCAAACGCCGGGGUGUGAUGAAAAGAAUGAAGUGAUUGAUGUUUCCCAGUUGCAAAUGCCGGAGAAGAGAAGGAAUGUCAAUAGCGAGACUGAUUUUAUCCCUAAGAAUUGCGAUUACCCGGCGAAGGGAAAGUUAAAUGAAAGUGAGAGGAAAGUCCUUGAUGAGUUUUGUAAGAAGAGAAUGAGCAUGUAUAAUUUAUCCCACACAUGCGAUUUUGCUUUAUAAAUUUCGUUUUUGUUGUGCUUCCUUUCAUAUUACAUUUAUUUAACUUGUGUAUGUUUCAUUUGUCAUAGAGAUGAAUUUGUUUGGCAAUCUGUUACCCGGUUAGAUGUAUAUCAUCUUCUUAUUGGAAGCGCAAUUUUCGAUAGUGAGCUUAGAUUGUGGUAUUUUCAUGAUGGGAUACAUAUAUUCCAUCAUCAACGACACACCACCAUUCAUUCAUCAGGAUGAUUGUGAACUUCUACGAUCAUAGAUCGCUAUUGCCUUUAUCUCGGAGGAAGGAGAAAAUCUGCUAGAAUAUGCUUUUACUCAGGAAGUAGACUCUGAAUAUACAUGUCUUGGAUGUUCUGAAUGUUGAAGUUGCACAGGAGCUUGGAUCUGUGUACUUGGCAGAUUCAUUUUGUGUUGAUUGGUAUAUUCAUUUUGUGUUGAUUGUGUACUUGGCUGAUUUGGAUUUUGUGUUUAUUGUGUAGCUUAGAUCUGUGCAGGAGCAUAGGGUGUUGAUUUUUGUAGUGGUAUUGUGUAUUUGUUG